AUGAAUCAAUUCUUUCAAGAAGAUCUCGCUAUUACGGCAUCAUUUCAUGUUGGAUGCAACUCUGUAUCAUUUAAUCCCUUUUCAUUUAAAAAUCCAAAUUAUUAUGGAGAAAAGUUAACAGAAAGGUGGAUAGCAGGAUUCCAUUCUGCAAUACUUAGAACUGCACAUGCGGACAAUGAAAUAUCUCUCAUAAUUCCAAUGAGUUUACUGACAUAUUCUUUUGCAAUUUUAAUGAGGUUUGUUGGCCUCAAAUUCAGAUUGCCAGAGUUAGCUCUAGCUACAGCACCCUUUUUGGUAUUCUCUCUAGCUGGCUAUUCGUUCUUUGACUUCGAAAAAAAGUCAAAAAUAAAUUGCCAAGAAUUAGAUUAUGUUUAUAACGCACCACAUGGAAAGACAACAUAUUUACACCCUCAUCUUGGUAUUUUGUUUAGUUGCAGGUCAGUUCUUUAUGCAUCUACUGCAUCAUUAUUAAUUUUUGCAUUUUUACUUAAUAGAACAAGCGAAAUUGGACAGCUAGUAAUCUUUUGUUGUUCAGGGUUCCUUAUUUCGUCAUCUAUCAAGCCUUGUUUCUUUUUAUUACUUUUAUUCUUUUUAAUUUACUUUGUUUUCAAGCCAAAAGAGUUUCCAUUGCGUGCAUUCCUUGCAUUUUUAGCUGGGUCUAUUAUUAAUAUCUCCAGAUUAUCAUUUACUAUUAUUAAUAAACCACAAUGGAACGAUUUAACGCUUAAUGGCGUUUUCUUCCCAUCCUGUGUAUAUUGGUACAAUACCUUAGGCUUUUUUGUACCAUUUGCUGUCCUCGGAGUUAUAUUUACUAAGCAAAUUGAAGGAAGAAUUACAAAAUCUCUUUUAAUUUUGUUUAUUUUCGCUGCAAAUACGUCAUUUUAUGACAACGUUACUAUUAACAUCUAUACUUAUUAUGGAUUAUUCAUGCCAAUGGCUGUUUUAUCAUAUCUUAUUUUCUUCAACAGAUUUGCAAACUUUUUUGACGAAGAAGAAUCAAAAGGAAUCAUUGGUGCAGUUGCUACUCUCAUUGCUGGUGCUGGAUGCUUCUCAUCAGUCAUUGGAACAUCUAAAAUGAUUAAAAUUUCGGAAACUGUUUAUUCUAAAAACCAAAUUGACUUGUAUUCGUAUUUGUUGAAUACAACAAAUCAUAAUGAUAUAAUAUUUACAACAAAUAGCAGUUUGGAUGUUGCUUCAACGAUGCUGGGAAGACAAGUUAUUCGAUGUUCUCAAGAUUUCAUGAAAUUACUUGGAAUUGAACUAAAAUACCAAAAACAAAUUUCGGAUUUCUUUUUCCAACCUGAUGGUUUCAACAAUUAUCUAAAAUUUGUUGAUUAUUUCCUGAUCCAAGCCUCAGAUGUUGAGAAAUUCCAUUUCAAUGUUACUCAAGGAAGCUCAUUAAAGAAUGUAUAUAAUAUAUCAGAUGUAAUGAUUUAUAGACGAAAUAAAUAA